CACCCAAGCCUACCAUGGCCAAGGAGAAGGGCGCGGCGCCGUCGCGACGGCUUCCCGGCAGGAGCGGUAGAGCAAGCUUCGAAGGAGACCAGGUAGCAGCGGAGGGUGCGGGAGUGCGCAGCGCACCUUCCAACGAUGAUGAUGAUGCACACGCUACUGCCCAGGCGCAGCAGAGGUCGGACGUUGGCAGCGGGAGUGAACCCGAUACUGCUGCUGCUGCUGCCCUGCCCGCAGCAACCCCGGCCAAGAAGGGCCGCGGCAGGCCCAGAAAGAAGCCCUUAGAACCUCCUCCUCCCUUGUCCGCCAAGGAAGAACAAGUCGACCCCGAGGUAGCAGCCAUCGUCGCCAGAGCGUCGCCGAGCUCUUCGCCGCGGACAGUGGGAGGGUGGGAGUCAGGGCCGGUACCAGGGAGGCACUCGGUUGCGAUGCCGAAGACGGACGAGGGCAACAAAGCGGGUACAGCCGCGGCGGUGAAGGACAACAAUGCGGCGGCGGCGACGGCGGCGGAGGGGGACGGAGCGGAUGGAAACGAGUCGGACGAGUGGUCGGAUCACGACGAGGUCCACUACCUCCCUCGCGAGGUCAAGGCGCAGUUUGGGCAGGUGGUCUGGGCGAAGAUGGGCAAUCCCCCUUGGCCGGCCCUGGUGUGGGAUCCGAGGUUCUUGGGCAAUGACAAGGUCGCCCGUGGCGUGGCCCGGAUGGCCUACGCCGCUGUCGGCAAGAGCCACCUGGUCAAGUUCUACACCGCCGCCAAGAACUCCUUCGCCUGCGUGCCCUACAAGAGAAUCAAGCCUUUCGACGCGACUGAGCUGCCAACCCACCUGAAGGCAUGCAACGGCGCGAAGAAGAAGGAUACCCUCAAGGAGGACGUGCAGACCGCUGUAGAGGCGUCUCUUCUCACCAAGUCGGAAAGGCUCGCCGAGAUCCACAUGGUGGGCCGCUGGACCGGGAACAAGAAGAACAGCAGUACACCCAAGAAGGCGAACAAUACCGCGACCAGCCGAACGCCGACGGCUGCAUCUGCGGAGCCCCCUAAGAAGCGAGGUCGAGGCCGUCCGCGGAAGACGCCGCUACCGGUCAAGGAGCUGGACGCGGACCCGCCCUCACCGGUGUCCUCUGGGGGGGUCGAGUACGAGCUGCCCGUGCCAGAGGCGGAGGAGGGGGCGGAGGAGGAGGAGAAACAGGAGGACGGACCUAUGGAGGAGGAGGAGGAGGAGGCGGAAGAGAAGGAGGAGGAGGAAGAGGAGGAGGAGGAGGAGGAGGAGGAGGAAGAGGAGGGAGGGGGUGAUGACGACGACGAAGAGGAGUACACGGUGGAAGGCGAGCCGGAGGAAGACGACGAGGACGACAAGCUAUCGGACAAGGACUUCGUUGCCACGAAGGCUGGCAGAGGGCGAAAGAAAAAUGGUCGCGGCCGACCUCGCAAGAACGGCGGCGGCGGUGGGAAGAAAAAGGCCAAGAGGCCCCGUCCCUCCUCGCCUUCCACCAGCGACGGCGGCGGCAGCGACACUUUAUUCGGGGGGGAAGCACCGGGCAACAGCAGCGGCAAGAAGCGCAGGCAGGGCGGCAGCAUGGAGCCCGGCCGGGCGAAGGCGCGGGCGCUAGCGUUUGUGAGGGAGUUCGUCGCCGGCCUCCCCCCUACGGAGUACGGGCGGGAUGAAGGGUGGAUACCUUCCAAGGAAGAGGCCGCCCGCGAAGCCUCAGCGAGAGCCGGGGAGAGCGGCGGCGGGGGCAGCUCGGGAGGGGGAGGGGCGCGCGGGGUGGGGAACAAGAGGGACAGGGCGGGUGGCGCGGGUGGUGUAGAGAAGAAGGCGAAGAAGUUAAAGGCGUCCGAGGAGCGGCAGAGGGAAGAAGCUGAGCAGAAGGAACGGCUGACGCAGAUGAAGAGCUCGUCGGAGCCCAUCUGGAAGCAGCACCGCCGUAUGAAGGAGGAGCAAGGGAAGGGGAACGGCGGUAGCGGCGGAGGGGGGACAUCAGACAGCGCAGCAGCAGGCAAGGCAGCGGCGGUAGGGGCCCCGCCGGGGGCGGGUGCCGGCGGCAACCGGGAGAGCGAGAUCCAGAUGGGGCGAAAGUUGACGCAGAGGCUUGCCAAGGCCGGGGUGGAGGGCAAGUUUAACAAGGAGGAGGUCCUCGAGAUCCUUCAAAAGCUGGGGGAGCUGGAGCCAUCGCGCGAGCUUCUGCAGCAGUCCGGGUGCGGGAAGGCGGUGGCCAGCGCCCGCAAGUACUUCUCCGGGGGGCAGGUGAAGCACAACGACAAGGAGGUAGCGACGGCGGCGUCGAGCCUCCGCACGCGCUGGAUGAACGCUCUCGCCGGCGGUGGCAGCGGCGGUUCUUCUUCGGGCGACAAGAAGAUACCGCCGCCGCCGCUAGACAAGGCUUCGUCGAGGUCUCGCACCCCGCCCGAUUCGGCGCAGCAGGGGUCGUCGUCGAAGAAGCAGAGGGUGGGCGAGGAGACGCCUCGCUCGCGGAGCCCGAAGCCAGAGACCGGCGGCGUUGCGAGAGAAGGAGGAGGGCGGGAGCCCAAGAGGGAGAACGGUGGGAGGGGGGGAUCGCCGCGAAGGAGUUCCGGAGGUGGGCGGUACGGCGGCGGCGGCGGCGGCGGCGGCGGGCGGGAAGAGGGGUCUGCCGGCGGCGAGGGCGCGGCGGCGGUUAAGAAGGAAACCACGAAGGAGGUGAAGCAGGAAGCCAAGAAGGAGGUGGCUCCCGCUGCUGCCGUUCCCUCUGCUCCCGCUUCCGCGAAGAUGUCCACAGCCGUCGCGAAAGAUGAGCCCCGACGCAGAGCAAUGGGGAUGCUGAUGUCGGUAUUAGGGACGACCGCCGCGGCCUUGGAACGUUGCACCGAGAUCGAGGAAGAGCUGCACCAGAGCCAGGGCGGAGAGAUCAGCAAGGAAUACCUGCGACGGCUGCGGACGGCUGUGUUCAGCAUGGAAGGCUCGGACAGCCAGAAGCUGCGGGACAAGGUCAUGUCGGGAUACGUUGUCUCCAGCGAUUUCGUGUCGAAAUCUUGCGAAGAGCUUCGCGCGAUGGCAGGCCUAACGUAACCCAACUAAUCUGACCGGGGCGACACGGUCCUUCAUUUCUAGCUGGCAGUGCUUCAUGGGUGGCCCCCGCCAACCCACUCACUGAAGCGCUGACAGGAUGGUCGGGGAGUGGUCGGAGGGAAGUCGUAACUGGCCUUGUUUUUUGAUACCUUCGAAGUGGGGGUGCGCUUGGGCUUCCUCCGCUACCUCUGCUCCGUGGGCUUGGUAGAUUAGGGCGACUGGUUAGAGUACAGAUAGCAGUUUUACCACCGCACCGUGAACCACCCUCUCUGACAGGUCGACCGCAGCAGUACUGUUGUGCCACAUCACAGGCCUUUUGGGUUGUAUCUUGUAGGGUGCCCGUUUUUGUUUUUGGCGCUGGCUUUCAUUGGCCCCCUGUCCGGUCAGUCGAGAAUCGAGAACACCCCCUCCCCACGCCCGCCCCCUCUCGCCCGUGCGGUAUAUAGACGUAGACGGCAGACGCAUCGCUAACUGAACUAGAUGAAAGCAGGGUUAGCUACAUUUUGCGUGCUGCAGGGCAGACGAGAAGGGCAGACAAUAAGAGGGGUACUCACCUCCUUCCCUGGUCUCCAGAGGGUGAACAGCAGCAGCAGUGGACUCGAUAUCUAUCUCUGUAUUGAAUGAACGUUUGGUCGUCGGUUGCAACAGCAGUCAAGGAGAACGGAAAAAGCUCUUCUUGCGGACGAAUCAAAUGUCGCUUUGACUGCUGGGUCCAACACUGGAGAGGGCUCAAAACGAGCUGACUUUCUCUGCUGGGAUAGGACAAGCGGAGAGAGAAGAGAGAGAGCAAGAAGAAAAAGAAGGGUGUUUGCGAGCACUCUGUUUCCUACCGGUACUCGUGGUAGAUGCCAGCAUGGACAGGCGCGAACGACGGUGAGGUAGAACGUUGAGAGCAGGCACGAGCUCGAGGGGGGGGAGAGAGCACGAAACUAGUGCGAGUGGUGGUGGUGACGGGACGAUGACGGACUCUUGUUGCAUUCGGACGAACCCCAAACGUUGCUGCGACCGACUGGCUCGGAAGCAUGUCAAGCAGAGCCGCGCGCGCGCCCCCAUGGGAGGGAAUCAAGUCGAGUCAGCGUGUACCCCUUCUCUUCUUGGCUCGCACGUUCUGAGUGGGACUUGGUGAUGGUACACGAGCUACGGUACUCCGGAACGCUAUUUCUUUCUGGUGGGGUCUGGCGAGAACGAUAUUGCCUGGGUGAGAGACAAAGCGAGGCGACAUAUGGCAAGGUAGGCAAGCACUUUGACUAUUGAGUGAACACAUGGAUGGAUGGGUGCGGGAU